AUGAUGAUCGACGCAGUUCGAGUGUCUGCAAUGGAAGAUAACGAAAAAUGUCGAUUUCUUUUUGAAAUGUUUGACGUCGAGCACCAAGGUGUGCUAACCAACGAAGGAGUGCGGGCGUUUAUCGAAGCUACAUUCGCUACCAACGGGGUGGAUUUUGUUGGCGCUUUCGACUACGACGCAGUCGUCGAUAAGGUCUUUGGUCAGUGUCGACAGCAUGACAAAAUGACCUACAGCGAAUUCAAAUCCGUUUUUGCUGAGGUCCUCCGAGGACGAUGGUACCGCAUAAAAAAAUACUGUCGCAAGUACAAACCCGAGAUCUUCUGGCUAACAGUCUACUUCCUGUUGAUGAUUGGCGUUUUCAUCGCCAAGGCUUCUCGAUUUUCGUUCGAUCCUGCCGUCGGAAACUGUCCUCGCAUUGCGAAAGGUUUUGCAGAAAUUUGUCUGAUCAACACCAUGUUCGUAUUGCUACCAAUGUGCCGGAACUUUGUGACUGGUCUUCGGACGCUCCCGGUGGUAGUGAACAAUCUGCCGAUCGACAACCACAUCGAGUUCCACAAAAUCUGUGGUGUGGUCAUGUUGAUCGCUUCACUGGGACACACGGCAGCAUGGCUGGCUAUUGUGAUAUACGUCCGUACCGUCCCUUUGGAUGUGUGGGAAGCGUCUCAGUACCAUCAUCUCUCCUUCGUUCGUGACGAAAAUUUGUCUGAAUUUGCUCUCCGAAUUCCAAUCUGGACAAGUGUCAUGCUUGCUUGCGCUGCGAUUGCUGCUCCGCUGUGCCUCGCAAAGUUUCGACGUGGAAAUUUCAACAUGUUUUGGAUCACGCACACGCUGUUCAUCCCGUUUCUCGUAUUGAUGGCAUUCCACGGUUUCGCUCGCUGGGUGGCAGAACCUCAAGCUCAGUACUGGAUUCUACCUCCAGUUACGAUUUUUCUGAUCGAGAAACGCUAUCGGCUGACUCAAAUGUUUUACGGACAGACCAAGAUUAUUCAUGUUCAGAUGUCAAAAGAAUCGGUGGCGAUCUUCAUGAAGAAACCAAAAUCGUUUGGUAAGAAACAGCGUUUCUUGCCAGGAAUGUAUGUGUUCAUAAAUGUGCCGACGAUAUCGAAGUUCGAGUGGCACCCAUUCACGAUUUCGUCGGCCCCCGAAGAUGCUUUCCUCAGUCUGCACAUUCAAAACGCCGGUGACUGGACUGGGACUCUGCACCAAACCUUGGAAAUGCUUCAGAAUCAACACAAAGACUCUGCACUUGAAGCCCAACGAAGUUCUAUGACGUCUCCAUAUCCGAUUGUUAAUUUGGAUGGGCCAGUGGGAGCCCCAGCGCAAGACUAUUCACGAUACAGAGAGGUUGUUCUUAUCGGUGCAGGUAUUGGAGUCACCCCGUUCGCGUCGAUUCUUCGGAGUAUUAUGCAUCAAUGGGAAUCAUUUCGAUGUCCUCACUGCAACCAUAUCCAGUUCCCACUAAGCUUCCAGCUCCGGAAAAUCUACUUCUAUUGGGUAACGCGCGAACAGGAGUCUCUGAAGUGGUUUACUAACACCAUGAACCAGCUCAGUGAGAUGGACACUGAGAACCGUCUAGAGAUUCACAACUUCUUCUCUUCGGUCAAAAAUGAUUCAGUCGUCGCUCCGUUGCAAGCUUUGCAGAGGUUUAUUCACAAGAACGAAGGACAAGAUAUUAUCUCUGGCCUUAACACGAAGCAGCAGACGCAUUUUGGACGACCCGACUGGAAUGCUGAGCUGUCACGAGUUGCUCAGGAUAUUGGUGUAUUCUUCUGCGGUCCAAAGCUGCUCGGGAAUAUCAUCCACGAUCAGUGCACGGUGUUGAAUCAAGCAAAAAUUCGACAGGCACCAGAUGUGGAAUUUGAAUUUCAUAGUGAAAACUUUUAA